AUGAUGAUCUCAUUUUUGUACAUGUACAUGUUUUGGAUGCGACGUGAUCACUUCGACUCCAACAAGCUUGGAGACCUAAGUAGAGCGGUCCUUGCCUAUACUCGAUCAUAUGGUUUGGACACGCUGUGUGCUAGCGACGAUCCACUCUCUUUCGACAACACCAUCUGUGGUAGUGUAAUAACUGUCUCCGAGCAGGUCUUGCUGGCCAGAAUUAUCGCGUACCUAUACGAUCGAGACGGGUUCUGUUGUUUCUUUGGAUGCGGUGGGUAUUUUGCGGACUAUAUAAACAGCACCCCUCAGAGGCGACAAAGGUUUUGGCUACGAUCGCGUGCUGUCUUUUUUCUGCCCUCCAUUGACGUUGGCUACAAUCGCGGCGCAGAAUCAGAGGUGAAGGAUGCGGCAACUCUGGAUGUUUACUUUGAACUCAUUGCUUUACAUCAGGAGAUCAACUCCUAUAGUCAUGCCGCUGCGAAGCAUGCGGAAACUAUGGAACUGAGGCUACAGCGAUGGCUGGAGGCCAUCUACAGGGAACAUGCCAUGCUCUUCUGCCACGUUGCGGACCAGACAUACCACGCUGAGUGUACGUUGAUGACCUUUGUCACAGCGACCUUCUUUUAUGCCAUGAAGAUUUAUCUUUAUCGUGCUCGUAUUUCUUCGUUUGGGGUUGGGCCUAUCCCAUCCGAGCUUCAAGAUGCUCUCAACUCGUUAGUAUCUGCUGCGUACUACGCCACAAAAACCGGGUCUGUGCAACUUCUUGAACGUUUCCAAUGGUCGCUAUUUAUCGCUGGACUGGAGAUCACCGAUCCUGUCCACCAAGAGUGGGUUGGAAAUAACAUUUCUGACCCUGCAAUCAAGAAGGUGUUCGACCAUGUUCAAGACAUCAGAAACCAGCCACCUGGUGGUAUCACAAUGAAGAAGAUUCGUUCCCUAGUGGGCGAAGACUUCUUGGUCUUGUGA